AUGUCUAGCUUAGAGCGGGCAACUAUUCCACGACUUAUUUUCAAUGAUAAGUUUAUAGAAAAUCUUACUGGCUCUAAGGAAAGCGAUGAUAUCAAGUCAAUUCGAUUCGAUUAUUCACCAAAACGUGGAUAUAUCGCAAACAUUGAACCAAUAUCUAAAUUUUCUUCAUUAGACAGUUUAAGCCUCAUUGGUCAUGGUAUCAAAGAUAUCACUAAUAUUCAAUCGAUGCCUUAUUUAACUCAACUUAAUUUUUCUUAUAACGAAAUUUCAGACAUCAGUCCUCUGACUAAACUGCGUCAAAUCAGAUCAAUUACAUUAAAUCAUAACAAUAUUUCGCAGAUACCAAGGAAUAUCAAGAACCUAUCGAAUCUUAGACAACUUCGAUUGAAUUUUAAUCCAAUAUCAGAUAUAUCAGAGCUACAUAAGCUUACAGAAUGUAAAAAUCUUACGCUUUUAGAUAUAGAAGGAACUCCUAUUUCAAGAGAUCAGUCUUCAGAAUUAUAUUUAAUCUACAUUCUACCGCAAUUGACAGUAAUCAACAUGAAGAACAUUACUAUUGAGAUGAGAAGAACUGCAUCCGAGAGAUAUGGACGCCUUCAACAAGAAGAAUUGGUUCAAGAAAAUUCGCAGCUUCUCGAUAGAAUUGAAGCACUACAAAACGAACUUAACAACUCGAAUAAGUCCAACCUAAAUAUACAAAACAACGCAGAUAAUUUGAAAGAAAUAGAAGAUUUACGUCAUUUGAAUCAAGAAUUACAACAAAAGAAUCGAGAACAAGAGAGUUUAAUUUCUCAACGAACAUCAGAAUUGGCUGAUGCACGUAAUGAAAUAUUCAAACUUAGUCAAAAUCAAAAUACCGAAUCUCCAAUCAAAUCAAUUCUUCAAGAUACUGAAUCAAAAGUGGCAGAAUUAAAUACGAAAUUAAUGGAAGCAGAUAAGAAACUUAAAAGCAAGACAAAAGAUUUCGAAACGCUUGAACAAAAAUAUAAUGUCUUACUUGAGCAGUUUCACACCAUUAAUCAAGAGAAGAAAGCUGCUGCAGACCAAGUUGAAGCUCUUAAAUCACAAAUUAAAGAUCUUCAAAGCAAAUCUGCAAAUUCAUCAAGCGAUUUCAAGGCAAAACAGAACGAAAUCGACAAAUUAAAGCAGAUUAACGAAGCACAAAAGAAUUUCAUUGAAGAUAUCCAAAGAAAAUACGAUGAAUUGAGUCAAUCAAAUCUAAAUUCUCCAAAAGAAAGGACAAAUCCAUUCCAACAAGAGCUUGAGAACCUUAGAAGAAGAUUACAAGACCAAGACAAGGAAAACAAAGCGUUAACAGACCAAAACAUGGCUCUUAAUAACCAAAUUAACUUUUUGAAGUCACAGUUACAGAAUUCUCGACAGCCACUUCCAUCAACGCAAUACAUGGAAGAAGAGAAUAGUUCCAAUCUCGAUGAAUCCGAUAUCCAAAACAUGCUUGAAACAAAUCAAGUGAUUUCGGAUUACGAAAAUAAGAUAAAAGAGCUAAAUGAGACAAUAUUAAGUCUUAGAAAUGCAGCACCUAAAACUCCUGAUACUUCUGCUAAAAUGAAACGUGAGAAUUCACUUCUUAAAUCCGAAAAUGAAGAAUUAGUUUCAAGAGUUAAUCAAAUUAAAAAAGAAAAUACACAACUUAAAUCUGAUAUUCAGGAUUUAAACAACCAAUUAAGAAAUAAAAAGAAAGAUUUCGCAGGAUCAGUACAGAACCAGUUAAAUAUCAUUAAACUGUUCUUAAACAAGUUAUUUGCUGAUUUUAAUUACGAAAUUCAGAAAACAAAACAAAAAAUUUCUGACGAAUUUUUGACAAUUUUGAGAAAAUUACAACAACAAAAAGAAAAUGAAACAAAUAAAACUAAAUUAUUAGAAAGACAAAUUAAUGAUCUCAAGCAAGAAAACAUGAAAUUGAAAGAUAAAAUCAAUGAUUUGCAAAAUAAUUUACAAAAAAUUUUACAAGAAAAUGAAAAUCAUUCCAAACAAAUCUCAACACACAUUGAUGGGUUAUCUCAGUCUAUUAAAGAAAGAGAUGACCAGAUACUUAAAGAUAAAGAAAAGAUAGAAAACUUGCAAAACAAAAUUAAAGGAAAGGAAAUUGAUUUCGAUCAAGAAAAAUCGAAUUUAAUUAAACAAAAUGAACAGAAAAUGAAAGAUUUAACGGAUGAAAUGGAAAACUUGAAGAGAAAACUAUUAGAUAAUGAACUGGAUGUUGUCAAAGAUCAACUACAAAAAGAGAAACAAAAAUCACAAGAUUUGGAAGAAAAAAUUGAAGAAAAAGAUUCAACAAUUCAAAUUUUGAAGGAAAAAAUCAAUGAAAACCUUGAAGAAUCAAAGAAAUCAUAUGAUAAACUAAUGAAUGAUAAACAAGAAGAGAUCGCUUUGUUGCAAAAACAAAUCAAUGAAUUACAGGAAUUGAUUAAAAAUAAUGGAGAAUCUUCAAAAACAAAAAUUUCUUCUUUGUUGCAAGAAAAUACGAAUUUGAACACAAAAAUACAACAACUCAAUAGCUUGUUAAAACAGAAAGAUGAUAAAAUCAAUGACUUGCAAAAUGAAAUCAAUGAUUUGACACAAAAUAAAAUAGAUUUAGAAAAACAAAUUCAAAAUCUUCAGACGAUUAUUUUCGAUUCAAAAUCUCAAAUUGAAUCUUUGAAUGAAAAAAUCUCUGGUUUACAACAAUUAUUGAAAUCAUCACAAGAAACAAUUGAUUCUCUAAAUGAUAAAAUCAAGCAAACUCAAAUUGAAUUACAAGAAUCUAAAGAUUUUGCUGAAAAAUUGCAAAAUGACAUAAAUGAGGAGAAAAAGAAGACAGAAGAUUACCAACUCAAGUUAGACGAUAUUGAUAGAUUAACAAAAGAACGAAAUCUAUUAAAAGAAACUGAAAAAUCACUAACUUUGACAAAUGCAGAAAAUAUGCAAACAAUUGACAAAUUAAAAGAUGAAAUUGAACAACUUAAUGAUAAAAUUAGCCAAUUAAACACUACUAUUGACCAGUUAAAUGACGUAAUUUCUAAAAAAGAUGAAGAAAUUAAACAAGAUUUGCAGAAAUUUGAAUUAUCUGAGAAAGUUCAUCAAGCAGCUAUCAAUGAUUAUCAGAAACAGUUAGAACAUCAUGAAGAACAGAUAACUUUGCUAGAAGAAGAAAUAGAAAAGAUUUCUAAAGAAAAUUCUGAUUUGAAAGCAAAAAUUUUGGAGAAUGAAGCUAAAUUAGACGAUUUUGAUGAUGUUUCUAAGCAAAAUAGCGAAUACAAAGCUAAGAUUGAACAGUUAGAAGAGGAAUUAGCUGAUUACGAGUCAAAUCUUCAAAAAUUAUCUGAAGAAAAUGGAAAUCUCGAGAUCCAAAUUGAAGAAAUCAAACUGAAAACAGUUCCAAACACUGAUUUCAAUGAACUCAGAACUAAAAACACUGAUUUGGAAGCACAAAUUAGAGAAUUAAAGAGAUUAUUAGCAAAUGAUGACGGAAACAAACAAGUAAUUGCACAAAAAGAUAAAGAAAUAUUAUCUUUGAACCAAACAAUCAUUGAUUUACAGCACAAUAAUCAGUUAUUGAAUGAUAAAAUCAAAGAUAUCGAAAUGACAAAAACAAAUUAUCCAGAAAGAUCAUUUAAUAACGAUGAACUCCAUCAAACAAUAGAAGAUAACAAUGUAUCUAUGUUUGAUAUGCAGAACAAACUUAAUUUAGCCAAUCUCAAGUUGAAACAAAGUGAAAAAGAAAUUCAAAAUCUCAAAAAUGAGUUAUUGAGUUUGCAAAGUGAAAAUGAAGAGAUGAACUCAACAAUAAACAUGCUUAAACAAUCUCUUACAUCCAAAGAAAACGAGAUCAAUGAAUUAAAUGAUUCCGUAACAGUUAAAAAUUCUCAAAUUGAAGAAAUUCUGAAAAAGAAUCAAGUUAAAUUCGACAAAACAGGAAAUAAAGAGCAGCAAUUACAAGUUCUGAACUCUUCUCUUAAACACUCUAAUGAUAUUAUACAAGAGAAAGGCAAAACAAUUGAUUCCCAAAACAAAUUAAUCAAAAAUUUGGAAGACACAAAACAAAAAUUGCAAAAACAAAACUUUGAUUUGCAAAACAAUGUGAGUAAUUUAACAAAUGACUUGGAAAAGACUAAAAGAGAAUUACUUAGUUUGCAGAACUCUAAGAAUGAUAACAUCAAACAAUUAGAACAAGAAAAAGAAUUGAUUUUGAAACAAAAAGAAAAUGAAAAUAAAAUUUCUGAAGAAAAAAUCAAAAAUUUGACUUUGCAAAUAAGUAAUUUACAAAAUACAAUAAGUCAAAAAGAUAAUGAGAUACAAAAUAAUUUGCAGAAUCUUCAAAAAGUCUCAAAUGAGUUGGAUUUCAUUAAGAAUUCCACAAAAGAUCAUGAAAAUGAUUUGACAGAGAAAGAAGAUGUUAUCAAUAAUUUGAGAAAAUUGUUUGAUGACAAAAUGAAAGAAAAUGAAAAGAAGACAAAGGAAUUCCAGGAUUCUCUAAGAGAAAAGGAUUUAAUGAUCUCACAAUUGGAAAAUAAAACAAUGUUCUUUGACCAACAAAUGAAAUCUAAAGAUGAUAAAAUUGAUUCACUUCAAAUUCAAAAUGUCACUUUUCAAGGUGAACUGAAAGAAAUUCAAAACAAAUUAAUAAAUUCAUUGAAACAAAUUGAUGAGUUACAGAAAGAAAAUGAAUCAUUCCAAAAAGAACUUCAAACAAGAGAUCAGAACUUAGAUGAUUCUCAUAAACAAAUUGAAGAAUUACAAGCAAAAAUUGAUCAAUAUGAAGAAGAAAUCAAAUCAAAAGAUGAAAAUCUAAAUAAUUUGCAGAAUAAGAUUAAUAAUUAUGAGAAUGAAUCAAAGACUAAUAAUGAAAAGAUCAAAGAAAUGGAAGGAAAACAAAAAUCAAAUGAAUUACAAAUUAAUGAUUUACAAAACAAUGUUUCUCAAACAGAAAAUGAAAAUAAACAACUUAAAUCUGAACUUGAGAAAUUGCAAACAGAGAUCAAAUCUAAAUCAGACCAAUUAAAUGAAAUCCAAAAUGAAAGUAAAUCUCAAUCUGAACAAAUUGUCACUUUUCAAGGUGAACUGAAAGAACUUCAAAACAAAUUAACAAGUUCAUUGAAACAAAUUGAUGAGUUACAGAAAGAAAAUGAAUCAUUCCAAAAAGAACUUCAAACAAGAGAUCAGAACUUAGAUGAUUCUCAUAAACAAAUUGAAGAAUUACAAGCAAAAAUUGAUCAAUAUGAAGAAGAAAUCAAAUCAAAAGAUGAAAAUCUAAAUAAUUUGCAGAAUAAGAUUAAUAAUUAUGAGAAUGAAUCAAAGACUAAUAAUGAAAAGAUCAAAGAAAUGGAAGGAAAACAAAAAUCAAAUGAAUUACAAAUUAAUGAUUUACAAAACAAUGUUUCUCAAACAGAAAAUGAAAAUAAACAACUUAAAUCUGAACUUGAGAAAUUGCAAACAGAGAUCAAAUCUAAAUCAGACCAAUUAAAUGAAAUCCAAAAUGAAAGUAAAUCUCAAUCUGAACAAAUCGUCACUUUUCAAGAUGAAGUGAAGUCAAAAGACGAAAAACUUCAAACACAAGAAGAGCAAAUCAAAGAACUUGAAAACAAACUAAAUGAAUUAGAAAAUUCAUUGAGAAACAAAGGAGAUUUACAAGUUCAGUUGAAUGACAGAGAAAAAGAACUAAAUAAUCUCAAAAAAGUCAAUGAAAAUCUUGUAAAACAAGUUGAAGAUCUUCAAGUCAACAAAGAACAAAGUGAUAAGAAAUUAUCAGAAAACGAUGAAGAACUUACUAAUUUAAGGAGAAAUAAUGCUGAUCUCAAGAAACAAAAUGAAAAACUCAGAGAAAAUAAAGAAAAAAAUGAGUCAGAAAUCAUUAGUUUACAAAACCGUUUAAGUGAACUGACAAAUUCUCAUAAUGAUGAAUUAUUCACUGUUAAAAGGAAAUUGGAAGAAAACAACUCAAUUGUUAAACAACAAAAUGCUAAAAUAGAAAUGUUGAAACAACAAUUGAUUGAUCAAAAUAAAACAAUUGAAGAUUUACAAAAGAUUAUAAAUGAAUCAGAAAAUCUUCAAUUUUUGGUUUCAACUUUGAAGACAGAAAACAAUACACUCAAGAAAGUCACUCAAGAUAAUGACUUGCAGAACAAGAAGACAAAUGAAGAUCUUUUAUCUCAAAUCAAUGAUUUACAAAAUAAAUUGAAAGAAACCGAAAAAUCUUCUCAAAUUCAGAAAUCUAAAUAUGAGUCACAACUCAAUGAAAUCCAAUCCAAACUUAACCAGUCAAUUAAAGAUAAUAGUGAUUUGAUGGAUAAACAUGAAAAUGAACUCAAGAAUUUAGAUGAAAAAUUACAAGAAUCACAAAAACAAAAGAAUGAUUUAGAGAAGAAAUUUGAGAUGAAUUCUAAGCUGUUGAACGAAAACAACAAACUUAGACAAGAGAAGUUUGAUAAGACUUUGGAAGAAUUAACAAAUGUUAAAUCAGAAAAUGGAAAAUUAAAAGAACAAAUCGAUGAUUUAGAGAAAGAAAAGAAUGAAAUGACAAUUUUGUUGAAUACAACUCAAAACAAUCAAAAUGAAGAUCUUCAAAACCUUCAAAAGAAACUAAAUGCCACAAUUGAUGAACUCAAGAUGACAACAAAUGAUUACAACUCUCUAAAAGAAAAGUUUGAAAAAUUAAACGGAAAAAGUGACAAUGAUAAUUCUUUGAUUUCUAGUUUGAAGAGAGAAAAUGACAAAAUGAAGAAUGAUUUGCAGAAAACACAAGAAGAAAACAAGAGUUUAGUUUUGAAGCUCAAUGAAAAUGAGAAAACGAUUUCGAAACUACAAAAAACUAAUGAUGAAAUAUCAAGAAAAUUAACUUUUGUUGAAACAGAAAAUGGAGAACUUAAAUUAACUGUUAAUGAAAUGGAUGAAAAAGUAACAACAAAUGAAACUAAUUCUAAUGAAAAAGAAAGACUUAUUUCUAAUCUACAAAAACAAAACAAACAAUUAGAAAAUGAAAAUAAGACUUUGCAAAGUGAAAUCAAGUCAUUACAAACUGAUGAAUUUGUUAAAGAUCAAAUGAAGAAACAACUGAAUGAUUAUGAACAAAAAGUAUCUAAACUUGAAGAUGAAAAACGUCAAUUACAAAAUGAAAUGACUAAAUAUAAAGAUGAUAAUUCAACAAUGAAGAAAGUUUUGACGAAACAAGAAAAAAUCAUUCAGAAAUUAAAUACAAAAGUUGAAGAUUUGACAGAAACAAAACAAACAAUGAAACAAACUCAAUCAGAAGAAUUAUCAUCUUUGGAAGAAGAAAAUGAACAAAAGAAAGAAGAGCUCAAACAUCUCAAAGAAGAAUUCUUAGAGAAAGAAAAACGUUUGAAAGGUUUAGAAAAGUCGAUUCAAAAAGUGACAGAAAAGAUCACUUCACAAAAAGAAGAAAUCGAAAAUCUGAGGAAACAAAAACUUAUCGAUGAUAAUACAAUAAGUGAAUUGAAAUCUUCUAUCUCAGAAAAUGAAAAAGAAUUGGAAAAUCUUCGUAAAAGUGACAGUGAUAAAAGUGACAUCAUUGAACAACUUAAAUCCGAAUCUGAGAAUUUGUCGAUGAGUUUGAAAUCUAGAUCAAAUUACGAAAAUGAACUUACAAAGUUACAGAACAAGAUACAAAAGUUAAAUGACCAAAUUUCUGAUAAAGAAGAUGAUCUCAAAUCCAAAGAAAUUCUUUUGGAGAAAUUACAAAAGAAAGUCCAAGAAACAGAAGAAAAAUUCUCUGAAACUCAGAAGUUGAACAAAACAAUGAAGGAUGAAAAUGCCAAUAUCUCCAAUCAACUUAGAGCUUUGCAGAUGGAAUUGAAUUCCAAGACAAAACAAAUUGAGAAAUUGGUGAAAGAUAACACAAACUUGAAAGAAAAAGUGACAAUUUUAGAAUUCAAACAAUCGAAUUUUGAUGACGACAAUAAAGAGAAAGAAGAGAAGAUAGAGAAUCUUGAGAAUGAUAACUUCAACCUUAAGAAACAAAUCAUUCUUAAUGAAGAAUACAAGAAACAAAUUGAUGAACUUAAAUUCCAAAUUUCUCAAUUAAAUUAUGACAACAAAGAAAAAGUGACAAGAUUACAAAAUGAAAAUACUUUGUUGAAGACGAAAUCAUUGCAAAACAAGUCAGAAUUGAACACAGUUAAGAAGGAAAGAGAAGAUUUGCAAAGUGAAAUCGAAGAACUCAAAAUGAAAUUCGAUUUAGAACAAAAAGAAAAUGAAAAUUUGAAGAAACAAAACAAAGAAAUCAAGAACCAGUUUGAAACAACUAAAUCAGAGAAAAUCUAUUUAGAAAAAGAUAUAUCCAACGCUAAAACAGAACUAAAUGAUCUUUUGGAUAAGAACAAUAAACUUGAAAGCGAAUUAAGGAAGAAAGAAAGAGAAAUUACAAGAUUAUCUUAUUCUGAAAACAAAUUAAAUGAUUUGCAAAUCGAAUUAAACAAAUUGAAAUCAGAGAUGAAAGACAAAACAUCAGAGAUUGAACGUCUUUCAAAUGAAUUGUCAUUGAAGAGUGAAGAAAUUUAUUCUUUCUCUUGUUCUUCAAAUUCUUUUGAAAAAGAAAUCCAAACUAAAUCAGAUAAAAUCAAAUCUCUUGAAAACGAAAUCAAGAAAGUACAAAAAGAAAAUGAACAAAUUAAAGAUUUGGAGAACCAAUUGAAUGAAAAGUCUUUGAUCAUUGAAAAUCUUCAAAAAGAAUUCAAACAAAAAGAUGAAAAACAUGAAACAGUUUUGAAUUCAAUGAACGAUAAAAUGAAAGGUUUGCAAAAUGAUUUAUCUGUUUUAUCUGAUUUGCAAAGAGAAAAUGAAAAGAUCACGAAACAAAAUGAAGAAAUAAAAUCACAAAAUAAGAAAUUGAAAGAAGAAAAUGACGAUAAGAACAGGGAAAUCAAGAAAUUAUCAAAUACUUUGCAAAAAGGAGAUAUAGAAAUGAAUACUUUGAAAGAUUUGCUUCAAACUAAAGAAGAAAAGAUCAGAAAUUACGAAGACAUUCUUGAAAAAACGAAGACACAAAUGGAAGACAAGAAUUAUGAAUUUUCUAAAACAGUUAAAGAUCAAAAUGACAAAAUCAAUCAACUAGAAAAAGAAUUAGAACAAAGAGAUUUAGAACUUGAUGAUUUAACAAAUAAAUCAAAGAGUUUUGAUGAUGAAAAGAAUGAUAAAAUCCAGAGUUUGACAACUGAAAACAAGAACUUAAAGAAAGAAAACAGAACUUUGAAAGGAAUCAUUAAUUCAGUGAAGAAAUCAUCAAAUGAACUUGAAGAAAGAAUCAGAAACUUAGAAAGUCAACUUAAAUCUCAUUCUUCUUCUUUGAUUGAAUUACAAGAAAAAAAAGAAACAGAAAUCUCCAAACUUCAAAAAGAAAUCGAUGAAAGAGAAGAAAAAAUCAAAUCACAGAAUGAAAAACUGAGUAAUUGCAGAAAAGAAGUUGAGAAAACUAAACAAGAAAUAGAAGAAAUGAAAGCUAAAUUGAAUUCUCAGUUGACAGAAGAAAUACAAACAAUCAAAGGAGAAAAAGAAGAUUUAUUGGAGAAAAUCAAAUCAAUUAACAAAGAAAGAGAUGAAUUAUCACAACAAAUCAAAUCUUUGAAGAGAGAAAAUGAUGAUUUACAACAAAAACUCAAAUCAGUCAUUGAAGAAAGAGAAAAACUUGAAAAAGAAGUUAAUGAUUUAACUCAACAAAUUAAAUCUCUUAAAAACGAAAUUGAAGAACAAAAAGAGAAAUCAAAGAAAGAAAUCGAGAAUUUCUCUGAAAAACUCAAAUCAUCAAAUGAAGAAAAACAAAAACUUCAAAAUCAAAAUGAUGAUUUACAACAAAAACUCGAAUCAAUCAAAGAAGAAAGAGAAAAUUUGAAGAGAGAAAAUGAUUUGAUCAACAAGAAAUUGAAAUCUCAAAGUGAAGAAUUGCAAAAAUUGAACAAAGAAAUAGAUUAUUCUAAGUCACAAAUUGAUUCUCUUGAUGAAGUAAACAAGAAACUUAACUCUACAAAUGAACAAGAAAACAAACAAUUAAAUGAUCAAAUCAACAAAUUGACAACGAAAGUUAAUGAUCUUAACAAUGAAAUUAAGAAAUUAACAUCAGAAAAGAACGAUUUGAUUGAUCAAAACAAGAGAUUGAAUGAAGAUUUAUCAAAGAAAGUUAAUCAAUUUGAUGAAGAAACACAAAAACUUAAUGAACAACUAAAGAGAUCCAAAGAAGAAAUUAAUGAUAUCAACAACCAAAACAAGAAACUUGAUUCAUUAAAUAAUGAUCUCAAACAAGAAAAUAACAAACUAAAUCAUGAAAUAACAAAACUUAAUUCAUUAACCAAUGAAUUUAAUGAACAAAAGAAGAAGUUUGAUUCAGUUAAAGAAGAAAAUUUGAGAUUGAAUUCAUUAAAUAAUGAACUCAAGCAAGAAAAUGAAGAAAUAUCAAAGAAACUCAAAUCUCUUAAUGAACAAAUCAAAGAAAUAACAAAUGAAAACAACCAAGAUCAAAUUGAUUUGUUGAACAAGAAGUUAAAUGAAAAUGAAACAUUUACAAGAAAGUUAAAUGAUGAUAAAGAGAAUUUGGCAAAGAAACUUCAAAUUUCUAAUGAAGAAAACAAGAAAUUGAACAAGAAAGUUGAAGAUUUAUCAGAAGAACUCGAAGAAUCCAAGCAAAGAGAAGAAAAUUCUUUGAUUGAUUUGCAAAACAAAAAUGAAACACUUGAAAAUCUCAAGACACAAAUCAAGAAACAGAAACAGCAAAUCCAAGAGAUCAACAGAGAAAACAACAAUCUCAAACAAGAAUUAGAAAAUUCUCAAAUAGAAAUUGAUGAUUUCCAAAAUCAAAUUGAAAAUCAAAAACUCAAAAUUGACAAUUUACAAAAAGUAACAAUAAACAAUGAGAAAAUCAUCAAAGAACUUAAGAAUGAAAAUUUAGAACUCAAAUCAUUGACUUCUGAUCUUCAACUUUCUCUUCAUUCUUCUCAAUCCGAAAAAGAAAAAAUUGAAAAACAAAAUGAUGAAAAUCUUAGAGAUUUACAAAAAGCCAAAAGUGACAUUUCUGAUUUAACUAAGCUUCUGAAGAACAACAGUCCACAAGCAUCAAUUGACAACCGCAGAAAGUUCCAGAUAAGUCAAACAAAUACUACUGACAUUGCAGCAGUUUCUGGAACAUUUUCUGUAAUGGAAGACCCAAUUUCCGAAGAAAUAGAACAGCUCAAAGAUGAAAACAACAAAAUGAAGAAAGAUUUGUCACAGAAAAUCAGAAAUCUCCAAAAAGAUAAUGAAUUUUUGAAGUCUGAACUUGAAAAAACAAAAAGUGAAAAAGAAAACGGACUUUUAGGAACAAAAUUAAGUAUUUCUGAGAUUUCUAAUGAUAAUGAUGUUUAUCUAAUGAAGAUAAACAAUGAUUUAGUUAAAGAAAAUUCAGAAUUAAAGAUCAGAAUUUCAUUAUUGGAGAAAGAAAAUGAAGAAAUGAAACAAAUUAACAAAGAAAAGAAAGAUAGAACAUCGGAAAUGCUCAGAGAAAAAGAUAUGAGGAAGAGAAUGGAAGAAGAAUUACAGAAACUAAGAAGAAGUGACAAAGAAAAGAACAACUUGAUACAGAGAAUCAAAAGGAAAGAAGAGACAGCACAAGAAGAAGUCAGAAAAGUUAAAGAAGAAAUGAUAAUUCUCAAGAAAGUUUGUGAUGAAAAGAAUGCUGCUUUCGAAAAAUUAUCUGAAGAACACAAAAUGAUAUUGAACUCUUUGAAAGGAAGAAACAAUGAAUCAAUACUUGAAGAGAACGAGAGAUUGAAAGAAGAACUUGAAAACGCUAGAAAUGAAUCAGUUUCUAAUGACAGUUAUCUCAAAAUAAAUGAAGAAGUUGAAAAGAACUUGCAAACUGCUUUAGAGUCUUUGCAAAACGCAAAAGAUGAAAACGAGAGAUUGACAAAGAAAUUGCAAAAGACAGAACGAGAAAACAAGUCUUUGAAACAAAUAAUAAAGAGCUCAGAAGACUUGAAAUCAUCUGAAUUUGAAGAAGAAAUUGAUAACUUGAAAACUGAAGUCAAAAAAUUGAGGAAAGAAAAGAAGUCAUUCACUAAUGUUGCAUCAAAGAUGGAAAAGAAGAUUGAUAAGCUGACGAAAACAGUCACAGGAGUCGUAGAAAUCGUCAACAAAUACAGUGAUUCUAGUGAAAAUCCAACUCAAGAGAUCAGAGCAUUCCUUGAGGCCAAAUAA